AUGGGUGUUUGUGUGACUAAAAUGGAAGCAUAUGAUCAUUUGAAAGUGGUAGGCUUUAUCAAGGGUUAUAAUAAUUGGAUAGCACAUGGAGAGCUUUCUAACUACUAUGAAGCCACAUCUAAUUCUGAAAAUACAUCAAUUGGGGUUUCAAAUGGGACUAAUGACAUGCAAGACUUGGUCCAUGAUGUAUUUGGGAUACCACAUGGAACAAAUGAAUUGAAUAGAGAAGGGGACUUUCCUGUUUCAGAGGCUGAAAAAUUUUACAAAUUGAUUGAUGAUUCUCAACAGGAUUUGUACAGUGGUUGCAAAAAUUUCUCGAAGUUGUCUUUCAUUAUUCGUUUGCUUCACCUAAAAUGCCUUGGUAAGAUGAGUAACAAGAUUUUUAAUAUGCUUGUUGAGCUGUUGAGAGAAGCAUUUCCGGAGGCCAUGACUAAUUUGCCUUCUUCUUACUAUGAGGCUGAGAAAUUGAUGAAUACAUUGGGGCUGGGUUAUGAAAAGAUCGAUGCAUGUCCUAAUGAUUGUUCUCUUUAUUGGGGUAGUGCUGAAAAAAGAACUUCAUGCGAAACAUGUAACGAGCUUAGGUGGGUUGCUUCAGAAAAUGAUCCAACUGGUGAAAAAAGAAAAAUCCCUCAAAAAGUAUUGUGGCAUUUUCCUUUAAAAGCUAGAUUACAAAGACUAUUUAUGUCUUCUAAAAUUGCAUCUCAAAUGAGAUGGCAUGAGGAAAAACGUACAAAAGAUGGUUGUAUGAGACAUCCAGCUGAUUCUCCAGCUUGGCAAACUUUUGACUAUCUACAUCCAGAAUUUGCUAAGGAUUGUCGAAAUGUUAGAUUGGGGUUGGCAUCUGACGGGUUUAAUCCAUUCAACAACAUGAGUUCUACACACAGUACUUGGCCUGUGGUUUUAAUACCAUAUAACUUACCUCCGUGGAUGUGUAUGAAGCAACCGUACUUCAUGUUGUCCCUGUUAAUACCCGGACCAUCCUCUCCUGGGAAUAAUAUUGAUGUUUAUCUACAGCCUCUAGUUAAAGAAUUGACCGAAUUGUGGGAUUUUGGCAUUCAAACUUAUGAUGCAUCCCAAAAAGAAAAUUUUCAAUUGCAUGCAGCUCUGUUGUGGACCAUUAGUGAUUUCCCUGGAUAUGCAAUGUUAUCUGGGUGGAGCACUAAAGGUGAAUAUGCUUGUCCUGUUUGUCACAAGUUCACUCGACGGUUGACUCAUAGUUUCAAGCAUUGCUAUAUGGGUCAUCGUAGAUUCUUAGAUAGUAAGCAUAAAUUUAGAAAGCAAGCCCAAUUGUUUGAUGGCACCGAAGAAUAUGGAAAGCGACCACCUUUGCAAACUGGGGAUAUGAUUGUGAGUGAAUUGGGAGACUUGCAAAUUAAAUUUGGAAAACUUGUGAAAGGUAAUCCGAAGCUGCCUUUUAAUUGGAAAAAGAGGAGUAUUUUCUUUGACUUGCCAUAUUGGAAAGAUAAUGUCUUAAGACAUAAUCUUGACUUCAUGCACAUUGAGAAGAAUGUUUGUGAAAAUAUUUGGGGGACAUUGCUGGAUAUUGAGGAUAAAGCAAAGGACCAUUAUAAUUCCCGCCGUGAUUUGAGAGAAAUGGGAAUAAGAAAAGAGCUGCAUCCCAUUGAGACAGAACCUGGAAAGGUUUACUUACCUCCAUCUUCCUUUGCAAUGGAUAAAAAACAGAAAACUAUGUUUUGCAAUGUGCUAAAAAAAGUGAAAGUUCCAGAUGGUUAUGCAGCUAACGUCUCAAGAUGCGUUCGAGUAAAGCCACCAAGAAUUUCGGGGCUUAAAAGUCAUGAUAAUCAUAUUCUAAUGCAGCAAUUGAUGCCUAUAGCUUUGAGAAAGACUUUGCCAAAAUCAGUGCGCUAUCCUUUGAUUCGAUUGAGUAGAUACUUCAGGCAGCUUUGUUCUAAAGUUAUUUGUCCUCAAGAUGUGGUUCGUUUGGAAAGUGAAAUUGCCGUUAUACUCUGCGAUCUUGAGAAAUGCUUUCCACCAACAUUCUUCGAUGUCAUGGUGCAUUUAACUAUUCAUUUGGCAACUGAAGUGAAAUUAGGUGGCCCGGUGUAUUAUCGUUGGAUGUAUCCUGUAGAGAGGUACUGCUUGUAA